AUGGGUCAACAUGUGUCUCGAACCGACUUUGAAUGGGUGUAUAACGACCAACCGCACAUUGGAAGACGCGAUGCCAUGCUUAAGAAGUAUCCACAAAUAAAAAAACUUUAUGGGCCGGAUCCUGUGUUCAAGUAUAUUGUUUCUGCAAUGGUUCUCACACAAAUCAUGAUGCUCUACGUAAUGCAGAAUCAAUCGUGGAUAAUGAUAACGUUAGUGGCAUAUUGUUUCGGAGGAAUUAUCAACCAUUCACUAAUGCUGGCCAAUCAUGAGAUCUCACACAACAUGGCAUUUGGUUACGGUAAGCCAUUGGCUAAUCGUUACUUUGGAAUGUGGUGCAACUUACCAAUUGGAGUACCAAUGUCGGUUUCAUUCAAAAAAUAUCAUACUUUGCACCAUAGGUAUUUGGCCGAUGAAAGAUUCGAUCCAGAUGUACCGAGUAUUUUGGAAGCAAAACUUUUCUGCAACACAUUUGGAAAAUUUAUAUGGGUAAUCCUGCAACCAUUGUUCUACGCUCUAAGGCCGCUUUUUGUAAAUCCGCUUCCGGUUGAAAAACUAGAAAUUAUCAAUACAGUUGUUCAAAUAACCUUUGACGGUCUUGUGGUUCUAUUAUUUGGAUGGAAAAUGCUCGCCUAUCUGCUUAUUGGAUCCUUUUUGGCGAUGGGUAUUCACCCGGUGGCUGGUCACUUUAUUGCUGAGCAUUACAUGUUUGCAAAGGGCUUCGAAACGUACUCCUACUAUGGUCCGCUGAACUGGAUCACUUUCAACGUCGGUUAUCACAAUGAACAUCAUGACUUUCCAGCCAUUCCGGGCAGCAGACUUCCCGAACUAAAGAGGAUAGCACCGGAGUUUUACGAUACAAUUCCUCAGCAUACGUCCUGGGUUCGGGUGAUGUACGACUUUGUCACGGAUCCUGCCGUUGGGCCAUAUGCACGGAUCAAGCGCCGUGCGGUGCAGAAAACCGGUUGA